UAGCUACUUCGAUCAUUUUGCACUUAUAUAUACAUACAUUAAUUUCUAGAUAUCUAUUUCACAAGUAAUUUUCAUAUUUCAGUUUUAUUCUCCAAAGCCAUCUACAAGCUCAUGGGGUAGGACCAUAAGAUCGAAAGAAUUUGGAUGAUCUAUAUUAUUAUCACUGGUCCAUUGCGCCUAGUUGAUUACGCUUUCACAUCAUUAAAUUUUAAACUAUAUCUCUUUGUAAUAUUCAAAGCCAUUUAAUCAGUAUAAGUAAUAUCUCAAUAUAUAUAUACCAUAAAGCAAUACUAUUUUAAUCAUCACCAACUAAUUAAGUUAUGCUAAUAAAUGGAGCAAAUAUAUGAUUAUAGAUUGAGAUACUCUAAUCAAAGUCCCAUCAGCAACUUUGAAGGAAAGAAUCGAAUAAUUCCAUAAGGAAAAGCUUAAAUAUCGUAAACUAUUUUUUAGCAAAGGCAUAUGAUUAAAUGGGAAAUCAAAAUAAACUAUUACAUUUUAGUUAGCAACACUUAAUGAAGAACUUUUGUAUUCAUUUAAUUGUUAAAAUUUAACCUUAGAAGGCGCAAGUCACAUGCAGCUUCCUCCUAACUCGUCCUUUAUAUAAACUCACUCACACCACCUCUAUCUCCACAACACAUUCCAAACACAUCUCAUUCUUAAUCAACAAACAUAUAACUUACUCAGCUUCACUACCAAUCCUUUUGAAUUCGAUCAAAACACCUUGAAACCUACCUAAACCUUAUUCGGUUUUCACUACAUAUACUAUCGGUUCCAUCAAACUCAACCCUAGAAUGGAGAACAUGUUUAGGCUCAUGGGAAGUGAAGAUUUCUCUGACAGACAACGGUGCAUUUGGGUUAACGGUCCAGUUAUCGUUGGAGCGGGCCCAUCGGGGCUAGCCACAGCUGCUUGUCUCCGCGAGGAAGGUGUUCCCUUUGUGGUAUUGGAGAGAGAAGAAUGCAUAGCUUCACUGUGGCAGAAAAGAACCUACGACAGACUCAAACUUCAUUUACCCAAGAAAGUUUGUCAAUUACCCAAAAUGCCCUUCCCAGAAAACUACCCCGAUUAUCCGACAAAACGGCAGUUCAUCGAUUACCUUGAGUCCUACGCUACCCGAUUCGACAUUAGCCCUCAAUUCAACGAGUGUGUUCAGUCCGCCCGUUACGAAAAGACCAGUGGUCUCUGGCGUAUUAAGACGGUGAAGUCUUCUCCUUCCUCGGCCGUUUCCGGGUCAGAGAUGGAAUAUAUCUGCCGGUGGCUAGUGGUGGCGACGGGAGAAAACGCGGAGAGAGUUGUUCCCGAGAUAGAUGGGCUGACGACGGAGUUCAACGGAGAGGUGAUACACUCUUGUGAGUAUAAAUCUGGGGAGAAAUACAGAGGAAAAAGUGUUCUUGUCGUCGGAUGUGGAAACUCCGGCAUGGAAGUUUCUCUUGAUCUCGCAAAUCACGGUGCUAACCCCUCCAUGGUUGUUCGUAGCUCGGUUCAUGUCUUACCUAGGGAGAUUCUAGGCAAAUCGACUUUCGAAAUCUCAAUGAUACUGAUGAAGUGGCUACCUCUAUGGCUAGUGGACAAGAUUCUGUUGAUCCUCGCAUGGCUGGUUUUGGGAAACUUGACAAAGAAUGGGCUAAAGAGGCCCAAAAUGGGUCCAAUGGAGCUCAAGGUCCUCACAGGGAAGACUCCAGUGCUUGAUAUCGGAGCUAUGGAGAAAAUAAAAUCCGGCCAGGUAGAUAUCGUCCCUGGAAUCAAAAGGUUCUCUCGUAGCCACGUGGAGCUCGUUGAUGGUCAGAUAUUAGAUCUUGACGCUGUUGUUCUAGCCACGGGAUACCGCAGUAACGUUCCUUCUUGGCUUCAGGUGAGAAACAAAACAAAACAACUUCAAUCUAAUAGUUUCGGUAGUUUAUUGCAUAACAAGUCAACUGAAUCUAUUCUUUUUGUCCUUCAGGAAAAUGACCUAUUUUCCAAGAACGGGUUUCCUAAAUCGCCGUUUCCAAACGCAUGGAAAGGUAAAUCGGGACUUUACGCGGCUGGAUUCACGAGGAAAGGAUUGGCCGGAGCAUCAGCAGACGCUAUUAGCAUCGCUUAAGACAUUGGUAACGUGUGGAGAGAAGAGACCAAACGACGGAAAAUGAGAACACGAGUGGGUCACCGCAGAUGCAUCUCAGUUGCUUAGAGGUCAAGUUAGAGUUAUUUCAUACAUUUAUUAUAUUAUUUUAAAACGGUUCGGGACAAAAAGUUAAAACAGUGUUUAUUUAUUAAUUCAUUUUUUUGUAAAGAAAAGAAGAAGAAAGUAUACAGAUAAAAAGAUAGGGAAUAAACAGUGUGUAAAAGAGAGCCCUGUCCUCAAGACCCAACGGUGUUGUUUUUGAUGGCUGUCUGGGAAUUUGUAUUAACUUGGAUGAUGUGGUGUUUCUCUUUAAUUAUUUUAUUUUUAUGAUUUUUUUAUUUUACGUGUUGUUUGUAAUGGUUUAUGAAAUACCAGUAUUAAUUCAAUGCUACGCAUGGGAAUAUUUUUGAUUACGCAAGACCAAAUUCAGUUCUGUAUCACUAAAAUUACACAACUUGAUUAUUAGAGGGAGAUGAAUAUACAUACACAAACCAAUAACACAUAUUUUCGUUUAUUAACCGCAUACAUAAAAUUAGAUUUGUUUUGAAAAUGCAUUGAAAAUAAUUAUGUUAUGAAAGUUAUCAAACUCUUUAGUUUGAGAACAUGUGUAAUUUAUUACUUAGUGUAAUUCUAUACCACCUUUAAAAUAUAGUAUAUGACAUAAAUGACAAGCUCACAUACAGCAUCACUAAAACUUCAAACGUACGUCCAUUUAUUUUUUUUCUUAGAAUAGGAUCAACUUUUUCAUGGCGGCAAUUUUGCAUCUUUUCAACACUCAAAGUUCCAAUCACCUUACAUAAACCAAAUUAUCUCACUGAAUAUCAAAGUAAUGACCGUAGAACUUUAAAGUGGUGAAUUACCCGAAACCCGAAAUACCCGAACCGAACCGAUACCCGAAAUGCCCAAGCCUACUCGGGACAUUCAUACGACACUAAUUUUGAGUUAAAGUAUCGAGAUUGAAUAAGAAAGAGUAUAAUCAUUUCCUAUUCUAUUGUUAAACGAUGGUAGUUCUGGUGUCGUUUAUGAUUUGUCAGUCAAAUUUUAAAGAUAUGGGAACAAAAGAAAUAAAACAUCGUUGAUAUGUUUUGUUUUAAUCAUUAUCUUGUUUUAAUUGAUUUUUAAAUUUUUUUAAAUCUAAGUGAUAUAUGGCAGAAUUUGGUUGGUCAGGCGUGUUUUUAAAAAUAUAGAAGAUAAUAAAACUAAAUAUUUUGACCAUACAUGUGGACAUUAUCUUCUUAUGAAUACUUAUGAGUUUGUGUUUUAUUAAUUCAAAAACAAGCAGGAUAAGUUAUUCUUUCUAUUUUCAAAAUUUUUAAAUCAAACAUCAAAUUAUUUACGUAUAUAUAACAAAACUUUAACUAAAAUAUGUUUUAUUAUUGUGUUGAAAUUUUAAGAACACUCUAUAUUAAUAAUUUAAGAAAAUAUCUUUAUACAAAAAAAUUUCUUGAUUAAUAUUUAAUUGUAAAUUGUUUUCUAUCUUUUUUUUUAACUUUAUAAUAGAAAAUAUUAUUUCAAGAUAACAACAUAAGAUGUAAGAAUUUUCUUAUUUUUAAAAAAUCUAAUAUUAUUAAUAUAAAUUUCCUUUUAAUUAUAUAUAAAAAUUCAUUAAGGAUGUCAUCAAAUGCAAAAAAUCACAUCACAGAUAAUAGUAUAGAUAGAUAAUGUAUUAAUAUAUGUUUUUAUUGUUGAUAAAACAAAUAAUGGGUUACUCAAACGACAAAAAAAGUUGGUCCUUUUUUUUCCUUUUUUUAAUCAUGUUUAACAUUGAAGUUCAUUUUUCAUUGAAUUGUUUUUAUUGGAAAAUAAUUUGAAAAUGACCACUUAUACUCCAAUAUACAUAUAUCACGUUUCUUUUUUUUUACACAAUGGGUAAACCACAAUACAGCAUCAUAUAAUCUCUAAUUAUAUUACAUAUGAUAAUCAACUACCUACAAUAUGUCAUAUUGAUGAGCAUCUCGCAUAAUGAUUUUAGGAUGAAGCUCUACGCAAAACACUUAGAUCGACAGGACGGUUCUGCAUGUAUGACAUUUUCGAUGAAUAGGUUCUCUCUGUAGUAGAGGACCACAACGAACAACACUACAUGCAACAUUCUGGAACCUUCAAUAAGCUCUGCAUUCUAUAAUCUGUAAAAAAUUGCAUUGUAUGAAACUCGAACUCCAAACUUGAAUAUGGAAACCUUUAUACUUUAACCACUGUUCUAUGGUGCUUCUAAAUAUAUGUAUAUAUUAUUUACAAAAAAAUUUAAAAUAUGUUUUUAGGAAAUAAAAUUUAGGAGAUUUUGAGGCCAAACUUUGAGUCCACUAACAACUAUUUAUGCUUUUUAAUCACUGUUAUGAACUUCUUUAUAAAAUUCUCUACGCUAUGAAUCAUUCCUCUGUGUAAGAGUUUUUUUUUUGCCAUCUGUGAAUUUCAUUUCAACAAUAAGGACAACUAGAUUUUGACCAGUGCAGGUGCACGAGUAUAUUUUUUUAAAAAUAUGUUUUUAUUUAUCUUUCAUGUCAAUAAUAUAAGGGUUAGGGUUAAGGUUAUGUUUUUUUAGCCAAAUAAAUAAUAAUAUAAGAGUUAGGCAAACUACCCGAAGUCCCGAACUGAAGAACCGAACCGAUCUCGAUCCAAAAAGUAGUACCAAAUCCAAACCAAAAUUGAUUAAAUAUCUAAAUUAUUCAAAAUUUUGGUUUUUAGAUAACCGAAACCGAAUCCGAUCUGAACCGAAGUAUUCCGGGCACCCGAAUAUAUCUGAAAUAUAUUUAUAUACAUAUAUAUUAAUUAUUUUUAGAUUUAAUAUAUAUAAAACAUCUAAAAUAUAUAUGAUACUUUUAAGCUGGUUUAAAUACUUGAAAAUAUAUACAAAUAAUCAAAAGUAAAUAUAUAAAAUA